UCCCCCACAGCAACUCUAUGGUCCUCCCGCAACUCUAUGAUAUCCCCGUGCUCCGGCCACGCCCCCUUCAGCCGCGCGCCCGUUUACGACAUCGCCCUCCUCUCUUUACGACGGCAGCGCUCGGCGGCCCCGCGGUUGCCGGGGGCGCUUUACGGCCCGGCGAUGGCGGAGGGCGAGCGGGCGGAGAGCGGCGACGGUCCCGGGCGGCCCCCGAGCCCCGGUGGGCAGCAGCGGGCCGAGGCCGAGGCUGAGGCGGAGGCCCUGAAGACGCGGGCGAACGAGUUUUUCAAAGGGAAGGAUUACGAGAACGCAGUGAAGUUCUACAAACCAAAAGCCCCCAGACCCCCAAUGUGCCCCCGCCUCCCCCCGCUGCAGGUGGUGAAGGUGAGGCCCAACGACCGGGACGCCAAGCUCAAGUACCAGGAGUGCAACAAGAUCGUCAAGCAGAAGGCCUUCGAGCGAGCCAUCGCCAGCGACGAGACCAAGCGCUCCGUCGUCGACUCCCUGGACAUCGAGAGCAUGACCAUCGAGGACGAAUACAGCGGCCCCAAACUGGACGGUGGCAAAGUGACCCUGAGCUUCAUGAAGGACCUGAUGCAGUGGUACAAAGACCAGAAGAAACUCCACCGAAAAUUCGCCUACCAGAUCCUGGUGCAGGUGAAAGAGGUGUUGGCCAAACUCCCCACCUUGGUGGAGACGACGUUGAAGGAGACGGAGAUGGUGACGGUGUGCGGGGACACCCACGGGCAGUUCUACGAUCUGCUCAACAUCUUCGAGCUCAACGGGCUGCCCUCCGAGUCCAACCCAUACAUUUUCAAUGGGGACUUCGUGGACCGCGGCUCGUUCUCGGUGGAAGUCAUCCUCACCCUCUUUGGGUUCAAGCUGCUCUACCCCGACCACUUCCACCUCCUCAGGGGGAACCACGAGACGGACAACAUGAACCAGAUCUACGGCUUCGAGGGCGAAGUGAAGGCCAAAUACACGGCGCAGAUGUUUGCACUCUUCAGCGAGGUCUUCGAGUGGCUGCCCCUGGCGCAGUGCAUCAAUGGCAAAGUGCUGGUGAGGGUCCUCCCCCCCAUUCCCCCCCAUUCAGGGCCGAUGUGUGACCUGCUCUGGUCCGACCCGCAGCCACAGAACGGUCGCUCCGUCAGUAAGAGAGGCGUCAGCUGUCAGUUCGGACCCGACGUCACCCGGAGUUUCCUGGAACGGAACCGCCUGGAUUUCAUCAUCCGCAGCCACGAGGUGAAGCCGGAGGGCUACGAGGUGGCCCACGACGGGAAGUGCGUCACCGUCUUCUCCGCACCCAACUACUGGUGAGCAGCACCGCGGGGCGACCCACGGACGGCCCCACGGACAGCCCCACGGACAGCCCCACGGACAGCCCCACGGACAGCCCCAUAGCGU